ACAGGCCGCGUGGCGGAAACGCGCACCUCGCCCGUGCCCGCCCAGAGCUGCGUCUCCUGUCUGGAAGCGGUCGCUCCCUCCGCAGACCUGUCUUUCUGCCAUUCUUUCUUCUCCCUUAGCUAAACGGGACCUCUGUGGCCUUAUUAUUUGUCGUCCAGAGCCGCCAGGCCUCCCUCUCUCCCUCCGGUCCUGUUACCCACCCUUCUCUGAAGCCACAUGAACGAAACCCUCAGGCAUCUCAAAAGGAUCUCAUUUCCAUCUCAUUGCCGUAGGGUGACGAGAGCCAGGCCUGGCCUCCCUGGAUUCUGGCUGUCCAUCCCGGGCGGCAUGGCUUCUGUGUCUCAGGGUUCUUGUGUUUAUUUGGGUGAGGAACUGGUUUGGAGCUUCUUUGGUGAAAGUUACUGAAUAAAUACCGAGUGUGAUUUCGAAAUGUCGAAAAUCUUGAUCAUACUUAAACAUAAGCAAAAAGGACCAUUCGAAGCCAUCACUUGUUAUCGGAUGGGAAUUUAGCUUGAAAGGAGUUCUGUUAAUGAAUUCUGUUUCCUCCUCAGAAUCACAAAUAGCCCCUCUGGUUGCAGAGCCCUUCGUGAAGGCUUCCUAGAUUUAUUGAGCUCACGGCCUUGAAGAUCAUUUGCAGUUGGAUGUAGGAAGACUGUAACUUAGUAACUACUGAAUAUGAAAAACAUCAUGAAAAACUGCCGUUUAUUAAGUAUUUUCAAUGUGCCAAGCAUUGUAAAUGCUUAAGAGGUGUUUCAUUUAAUCCUUACAAAAUCUCUUUAGAUACCAUUAUUAUAUCCAUUUUACAGAAAAGGAAACUAAGGCCCAGAGAGAUGGAAUAACUUGACUUUGUAUGAUGGCAGUGCCAGGAUUCAUAAUUCAGGGUUGUCUGACUCUGACAUUUGUGCCCUUAACUACUAAGCUUUGUAUAGUUUCUUUUCUCCUGUCUUAUCUGAUUGGAAAUUCAGCCGUAGACUGGCACAAAAGGAGUUGAGAUCAGUCAAUGAAGAUGUUUGUCCUGCUGCUGGCUUUUUAGAAGAAAAAGGAUUGCUACUAAGGGAAAAGACUGGUGCGAGGGGUCUUCACAGCCUUCACUUCCCCAGAACAACAGACCACAUUAAACCUGCAGUACAAAGUUUUUGGAAAGAUUUUUGAUUCUGCUGUGCUCGUUGAUAAGGAGACUGGAUUGUAUACAAAGUGGCCUCACAUAAUCCCCUUGGUUGGUUAGGAACCAGGAAGCAAACUGGUCAUAAGAUGACUCUUAAACAGUUUUCUACCCUUCCCCCGACAGAGCUACCAGAACUGCCUGAUGACGGUUCCAAAUACACAUACAACAGUGCAGUGGGGAUUGCCUUUGGAGCCAGGCAGGCCUGGGUGCAAUCUGCAGUCUACACUUCUCUGAACCUCAUUUUCUUCAUACGUGGCCUACUUUGCUGCAAGGAUUAGCUGAGAUAUAUGAAGUUCCUGGAUAAGUUUGUGGUGGAUAUAAAUACUCAAAAAUGUAGGGUGGAGCCUGAAAGAAGUGAAAAUGUCAGAGGCUUCCUGGGGUCGGCAGGCUGGCUUUCCGUGCUGUACUGAAGGAAGGAAGAUGGAGGACUCGGGUCGGUUGUACUGUUCUUCUGAGCAGUGUUAUUGCCCCAGUACUUGCCAUGAUCAAUGUCCGAGUUACCACCAUGGAUGCGGAGCUGGAGUUCGCCAUCCAGCCAAACACGACAGGAAAACAGCUUUUUGAUCAGGUGGUUAAGACUAUUGGCCUCCGGGAAGUGUGGUACUUUGGCCUCCAGUACGUAGAUAAUAAAGGGUUUCCUACCUGGUUGAAGCUUGAUAAAAAGGUGUCCGCCCAGGAGGUCAGGAAGGAGAGCCCCCUCCAGUUCAAGUUCAGGGCCAAGUUCUACCCUGAAGACGUGUCUGAGGAGCUCAUCCAGGACAUCACUCAGAAGCUUUUCUUUCUGCAAGUGAAGGAGGGCAUACUUAGCGAUGAGAUUUACUGCCCUCCAGAGACCGCGGUGCUGCUUGGCUCCUACGCAGUGCAGGCCAAGUUUGGAGACUAUAGCAAAGAAAUGCACAAGUCUGGGUACCUCAGCUCCGAGCGGCUGAUCCCUCAGAGAGUCAUGGAUCAGCACAAGCUCACCAGGGACCAGUGGGAGGACCGGAUCCAGGUGUGGCACGCGGAGCACCGAGGGAUGCUCAAAGACAGUGCCAUGCUGGAGUAUUUGAAGAUUGCCCAAGACCUGGAAAUGUAUGGAAUCAACUAUUUUGAGAUAAAAAAUAAGAAAGGAACAGACCUUUGGCUCGGCGUGGAUGCCCUUGGACUGAACAUUUAUGAGAAAGAUGAUAAGUUGACCCCGAAGAUUGGCUUCCCGUGGAGUGAGAUAAGGAACAUCUCUUUCAAUGACAAAAAGUUUGUCAUUAAGCCCAUCGACAAGAAGGCACCUGACUUUGUGUUCUACGCUCCCCGCCUGCGCAUCAACAAGCGGAUCCUGCAGCUCUGUAUGGGGAACCACGAGCUGUACAUGCGCCGCAGGAAGCCCGACACUAUCGAGGUGCAGCAGAUGAAGGCCCAGGCCCGGGAGGAGAAGCACCAGAAGCAGCUGGAGCGGCAGCAGCUGGAAACCGAAAAGAAGAGGAGAGAGACUGUGGAGAGGGAGAAAGAACAGAUGAUGCGGGAGAAGGAGGAGCUGAUGCUCAGGCUCCAGGACUAUGAGCAGAAAACCAAGAAGGCUGAGAAAGGUGGGCCCCGCGCUUCUGGCUGCAGUUUACAUGUCCAGACACACNNNCGGCGCGCGCAGGAGGAGGCCGAGCGCCUGGAAGCCGACCGCGUGGCCGCGCUGCGCGCCAAGGAGGAGCUGGAGCGGCAGACGGUGGAUCAGAUAAAGAGCCAGGAGCAGCUGGCCGCCGAGCUCGCCGAGUACACGGCCAAGAUCGCCCUGCUGGAGGAGGCGCGCAGGCGCAAGGAGGACGAGGUGGAGGAGUGGCAGCACCGGGCCAAGGAGGCCCAGGAUGACCUGGUGAAGACCAAGGAGGAGCUGCACCUGGUGAUGACAGCCCCCCCGCCGCCCCCGCCCCCCGUGUAUGAGCCGGUGGGCUACCACGUCCGGGAGAACCUGCAGGAGGAGGGCACGGAGUACACGGGCUACAGCGCCGAGCUGUCCAGCGAGGGCAUCCUGGACGACCGCAACGAGGAGAAGCGGAUCACCGAGGCCGAGAAGAACCUGCGCGUGCAGCAGCAGCUGAUGACUCUGUCCAGUGAGCUGUCCCAGGCCAGAGAUGAGAACAAGAGGACCCACAACGACAUCAUCCACAACGAGAACAUGAGGCAAGGCCGGGACAAGUACAAGACGCUGCGGCAGAUCCGGCAGGGCAACACCAAGCAGCGCAUCGACGAGUUCGAGGCCAUGUGAGGGCCGGGCCAGGACUGGGCAGGGCGGCGCCUCCAGCCUGGGCUCCGCCGAGGGUCAUGAGCAGACACUGAAACUUGUAUUUGUAGUUCUCUGAAUCUAGACCCUUCCUCGUACUCUGGUUCCUUUACAAAGAGAGUAGCUAUUUCAGUGGGAAUAUUCUGGGGCUGGGACCAGUGGGGGCUUCCCUGGUUUAUUUUUCCCAUUUGUAUCAUAGUGCCAAACAGGCCUGAUUUUUAUUAUUAUUAUUAUUGAAUCACUUCCUGUCUUAUGCUUGGAGCAGGGCUGAUUGAAUUAAGGAAAGAGAUGCCUGUAACGCCUAACUCCAUGCUGACGUGUGAUACGAGAUUCAGUAUAAUUAAAGAAAACCACACGGUGGCUUCUACUCUGUGCCAUACUUUUUUCUGUAUUUGAAAUUAGCUCGAAUUGAUUUGUACUUGAUUUCUAUGAAGGAGGCAUCUUUGUAUAUUUAUGUUUUGGGGAGUGAAGACAGGGUCUAGAGCAGUCACACACGUAUACACAGUGACUUCCUCUGGCGACCAGGUCCUUCGCUCGCUUGGGAUAAACACACAGGACACUCCACUCUUGGAUCACCUUUUCUUGUUUUUUGUUUUUUUAAGUUAGAGGGCUACCCUGUUGGACUUACACACCUAAUUAAUGAUCAGCUAUAGAGUAUAGUAUUUAUACAUAAGCAAUAAUAUGGGUUUGUAACGUUAGCUUAAAAAAGGGAAAGUUUUGUUCUGUAUAUUUUGUUACCUUUUACAGAAUAAAAGAAGUACAUAUUAAAAAUCCUGUAACCAUG